GUCUUUAUUGGAUUACGUUUCUCAACACUACCGAUCAUAAUAAUUUUCGUCCUUGCUGUUGGACUCACUCAUAGACAGCAUUCGCCUUCACCUUCCGCUGGAUGGAAGUAUUUUGGAUUCCACAGAGAUUAUAUUGAGCAAAGUUUUGGCGUCUCGCUACAUCCUAGGCGUCAAGGAGACCCUGAACCUGCCACCCCGCCUGGAGCCUUUUCAAAUCCCGCCUUCAUCGCGAGUCCCACCCCCCUUCCGCCGCACUUCCACGGUCGGUGGGGUUUUCUGGAGGAAGGGACGGACUCGAAAUAAAAGAAGGAUAUAGCAGGAUAUCACACACUAGUGCCAGCAGUCGACAAGGUCUUUCUGCCGAAUCGAGCGCUAAUAAGCAGCCCCGCCCCUCAACCACAUGACCAAGCCUGGUUGGCCGGAGCUGCUGGAGACCUGAAACGAGCUGCCCGCUUUCAGUUUGCCUGCUUUUGCGAAGGAAAUCCCCUUUGCAGAGGAUUAUGGACUCCUAAUACAGUUUCCUUCCUCCUCCGGAAGCAUCGGUGCGGCAAUGAACCACACCCCCAGCCCCCACAUGACUGAAGCGGCCAAAUCUGGGGCCGGCAUCCUCUCCGGGUUGGGCCUGGGCGUGGGCUCAGACAGGAUGAUGUCCCCGGACAGCAUGGCCAACACGCCGAGCCCCGUGGGGGGUACGCCCAACUCCAGCCCCCCACUGCUGCUGUCUCCCGUGGGCUGUGUGGGCGACGGGGGGGACUGGGAGGGCCGGGAGGAGCUGCGGCUGCGGGAGCUGGAGGAGGUGCGGGCACGGGCGGCCCAGAUGGAGAAGACCAUGCGCUGGUGGAGUGACUGCACCGCCAACUGGCGGGAGAAGUGGAGCAAGGUGCGGGCGGAGCGCAACAGAGCGCGGGAGGAGGUGCGGCAGCUGCGGCAGCGGCUGGACACGCUCACCAAGGAGCUGACGGGCGUGCGGCGUGAGCGCCAGGAGCUGGCCGCCGAGAACGAGCAGCUGCGCCGCGACGCCCAGCACUACGGGGGCGCCGGCGAGCCGCCCAUCGACCCUGGCUCCCCACCUCCUCCCCUGGAGGACAAGGAGCAGGAGGCCGAGAGUCCUGGAUGCCUGGAGCAGGAGCCCGUGCGGGACGUGGGAGCAGAGAAACCGGACAAGAGCAAGGACAUUGACCUCCUGGACUGCCUCCUGCAGCCCACAGCCGACACCCCCGAGUCCUGGGAGGGGCGUAGCACCAGCAGUCUCCGGUCCACGGCUAGCCGACAGGACCGCGGCCGGCUGCUGUGGGAUGACAUCGCCGCCCUGGAGGGGGACAGCAGCAAGGUCACGGCGCUGCAGCUGCGCCUGGACGAGUCGCAGAAGGUCCUGCUGAAGGAGCGCGAGGACAAGAACUCUCUGACUAAGAGUAUCGAGAAGCUGGAGGCUGAGCUCAGUCAGUGGAAACUGAAGUAUGAGGAGCUGAACAAAGCCAGGCAAGAGGUCUUGAAACAGUUAAAUCUCCUUAAGGAGGUGCACCAGGACGAGCUGGGCCGCAUGUCAGAGGACCUGGAGGAUGAGCUGGGGGCACGCAGCAGCAUGGACAAGAAGCUGGCAGAGCUCAGGAGCGAGAUGGAGCGACUGCAGGCGGAGAACGCGGCAGAGUGGGGACGGCGAGAGCGUCUGGAGACGGAGAAGCUGGCACUGGAGCGCGACAACAAGAAGCUGCGUGCGCAGAUGGAGGACCUGGAGGAGCAGCUGGCACGCAAACGCAGACAGGCCGCCUGCGCCCUGGACUCUGACCUCAAGAGUAUCCAGAGCGAGCUCUUUGAGAGGAACAAGGAGCUGGCGGACAUGCGGCACGUCCAUUCCAAGCUGAAGAAGCAGUACCAGGAGAAGAUGGCAGAGCUGGCCCACGCCAACCGACGGGUGGAGCAGCACGAGGCCGAGGUGAAGAAGCUCCGGCUGAGGGUGGAGGAGCUGAAGAAGGAGCUGGGCCAGGCGGAGGACGAGCUGGAUGAAGCUCAUAACCAGACACGCAAACUGCAGAGGUCUCUGGAUGAGCAGGUGGAGCAGUCGGAGAACCUGCAGGUGCAGCUGGAGCAUCUGCAGUCCAGACUACGGCGCCAGCAAAACCCAGGCCUGUUUGGGAAGAUGCGCUCAUCUCGGUUCAGCUCGGAGAACCCAGAAGCGCCUGCUAGUGACCUUGAUGACGAGGAGGAGGGCGAGCUGCAGAUACAGAUACCCUGAGCAUCACCGUCGAGAUCCUCCUCACGUCGGAGAAGCACAUGGACAAACACACAGUCAGCCAGCAACCAAGACUGCAGAGAGUCUGCAAAGUGACAUCCCGAACGUGUGACUCUGUGUGGAUCGGAGCUGUAGGUUUGACACCACAAAUAUGUCUGUCUGCUUGAUGUUCUAGCUCACUGCCCGAGGACACCGAUGCAACGCACCCCCUCCUCAUCCUCUCAGGAACGUCCCCCCCCCCCUCACUGACAAAUGACCACAAUCCCAAAAUGUUGCUCUACUGUUGUGGAACUGAAAUGUCAAGGACAUUAGAAGAGGAGUGUGUUAUGUAUUGCUGGUAUCUGCAGACAAACAGCCGAGACCUCUCUGGCGUGAUCUCUAUCCCUUCCUUCCAGUUUGGUUACUCAACACCAAUUUAGAAUAAACCAUCCAUAAAAGCAAUAAGAACAAAGUUUACUUCCACCAGCUCCAUUGAAAAACAGUGUAAUUAGGACCAAGCCAUUUGUGAUGGUUAUAUUUGAGAUUAUUUAUCUUUUUAUAUUGAAAUGUAUUACAGUGUUUUGUAUUAUGCUUUAUACAGUACCGUUCAAAAGUCUGGACUCGCCUACUUUUCUAUCUCUUAGUUAUAUUAUUCAUGGCAAUGAAGUGACACAUAUCAAAUACCGCAACCACCAAGAGAGGUAUUCAACAUCUCAACAUUUUCUCAGAUUUUAGACUCUUCAAAAUAGCCUCAUUUUGCUUCGGUGAGAUGACAGCAUUGCAGACUCUUGGCAUUCUUUCAACCAAAAUCCAGAUGUGGCCACCUGGAAUGCUUCUCCAGCAGUCAUGAAAGAGUUUCCACAAGUUCCAGGCACAAGUUGGCUACCUCACUCUUACUCUUCGAUCCAACUCAUCCCAAGCCGGCUCAGUAGGGUGUAGGUCGGGGGAUUGUGGGGACCAGGUCAUCAGUGACAGCACUCCAUCUCUUUUCUUGUUCAUAAGAUAAACCAAUACUUACAAAACCUCAAGGUGUGUUUAGGGUUGUUAUCUAAUCAAAAAACAAAUGAUUUUCAGUAGGCAUGUCCAGACUUUUGACCGGUAGCGUAGCUGUUGUAUGUUACUAGCUGCAUGUCUGUGCUGAGCCAUGCCUCCGUGUUUCCCAGAGUCUAUCUUAUUCCUAUUUCUGUGUUUACAGAGAGGUCAUGUAUCUUUGAAUUCCGUCAUCAGAAUUUAGGUACAUUUAAAUAUGUUUUUCUUUUCUGAAUUACGAUUCUGGAACAUUCACUUGUGUGCGCGCGCGCACAUGCCCUGUUCGGUGGUCAUGGGUCACUGCUAGCCUAUGGGAGCCAUUACCAUGCGAUCACCAUAAAAACCAAGGAGAAGCAACCUUCAGAAAGUAAAUGCUUGGUGUUUAUGGAGGUGCUGGUCAUAGUAGUUGCUUUUUAUAUGCUUUUAGUUAUGAAAAAAUACAACGGUGUUAUUUAUGGGGAAAUAUUCAAAAUUUAAAAAAAAAAAGUCUCAGCUGAUACUGAAUGUUGUAUCUGAGCAUCCUGGUGAUGCCAACCAUUGUGGAUAACGUGUUCUUUACCGGUCGGUGUGAAAAACCUUUCUGUAGUAGUGGUCAUCAGCAGCAGAUCUUUCUCACGGAGUCCCAUCAGUCUCACCUACCGGAAGCUGGCAAGCUUGUAGAGUUGUUGCUCCUGCCUUAAUAUUUUGAUACAUUUUGCAUAGGAAAACAGUCUUACUAAGCUUUUCCAGCCCUUCAAAACACUUGAAGUCUUGGGGGGGGGGUUUAAACUUUGGAGCUCGCCACAGAGUGAAAGAUCUUUUCAGAUCUGUAAUGAAGGAAUCGGAAAAACAAAACAUUUCUAUCAUAAGUGCUAUGAAGCUGGUUCUUUCUUGAGGUAUUACUGUCUUUGCGCCUUUGGUCUUUGAGAACAGGCCACAGAGACAGAAAUGAAGGGGACAACCACCCUCCCUUUGCUGUGCGAAGUGCAUUCUUCUGUCUGUUGUCUUUAUUUAUGUGCCAAUGUUAGCUUUUGUUUCCUCCGAUAUGUCGGUGGACGUCAUUUCCCAGAAUCCGUCUUUCCAUAUAUAUCUUACCCACUACUACAAAAUAAAGAAAACCACUUACCACUGUAUCCGAUCAGCUCGCGUAUCGCAAAUGUAUGUUUUUAGAGUUUCAUUCCAGUUAACGGAGUAAUAUUCUUGGAAUGUAACUGUGAUGUUGUAAUGAUGUCUUGGUGUAAUGAGUCGGCCCAAGUGGAAUUUUGUGUGUUCUGCACCAGUGUUUCUCCUCCCGGUCCCCAGAGACCCCCAGACGGCCUCUGUUUUUGUUUCCUCCCCCUUCCCAACACACCAGGUGUAGCAGGUAUUUGGUGUUGAUUCGUUGGGAGCUGGGAGAGAGAAAACAUACAGCCAGUCUGAGGGUCCCCAAGGACUAGGCUGUAAGACAUUGCUCUACACUGCAUUACACUAUGUGCAUAUUGUGUAGUGUUUCACCCAAAAGUGACACCUUUGAUUCUUGUCAACUAAGUGGUUACCUCCCAAAAUGCACCAGUUUUAACCAAAAAAGGUUCUAAUUUGUGAGGUGAAUAUAGUUCUAAGGUCAGCCAUGUGAUGGAUGUAAGACUGGAGUCGGGUAAGGUGCUGUUAAUGGUGCAGAAUGUGGAAAUCUGUGUCAGCUCCGCCUGUCUCCCUUUCAUGGCACUUUCUGUCCUUGUUCUUAGAUGUCCAUUAUAACCUUUAUGAUACACCUGAAAUAGAAGGUUCUUCAUAUAAGAAAUUAGUUUUAGGCUGGUGUUAAAGUGAGAAAUACGUGUUCUGUUUGAGUGUUCCUAUCGGAUUUUAUGGAGGAAUAUUUUUAAACUGUGUGAUUUAGUUUUAUGUGAUGUGUUUACUUCUCUAAAUACUUGUGCUGUCGAACUGAAUACCGUUGUCAGCAAAACUCCCCCAGUCUUGACUGUCCCAGGUCCAGUAAUGAAAACCAUGCACAUGCAUGUUGAAGAGACUACAGCGUUGUGCUUUCUUUUGUAUUAAAUUUUCUAACAAAUGUAUAGUUGUUUGUUGUUGGUGGUCCACCUAUUCCUCCUUAAGUAGUUAUGCUACUGAAUUCUUGGGGGUGGGGGGCUUUUGACAAGGGAGAUCUCUCUCUGUCCAGUUAGUGUGACCAUUGCUGAUGCUGAAGUUUACUGUGGCAAUAUAAAUGUUGGAAAUGACUCUCUGAUGCAUCUUAACUAAUGUAGCGCACCCAUGGCUAAUGUAGUGUGUUCCAAUACCCCACUAGAGGGCAUGAGCUAGGAUGGCCCAGAACACAGACCCUGAAAAUUUCAUCCCAGAACAGCUCCCAGCGAGUCAACCGCAGCUGUGCACAGGCUAUGCGCUAACACACAAACGCAAACCCUGAAGAACUGUCCAUUGCCACCCUUCAUCAGAUUUACAGUCCGUGCUUAACAUGCAUUAUCGGCUGUCCUGCGCUGCAGUGUAUUACAGACCUUGCAGCACUUAAGUGCAUCUUAGAACUCUAUUCAAGGUGCUUUCCUCUCCCUGUCCAUCUGCACAGUCAUCCACCUGCAUUUUCUUCCCGUCCAUCAAACUAAAGUCAUUAUUGUGAACUUCUCUCUGUCCAAGAUUGCAACAAUCUGAGCAGUCAAAACCUGUUAAGAAGAUGAUGGAUGGGUAAAUAAUGACAAAAUGGAACAAAAAUGAAUAAAUGAAUGGGAGAAAUAA